CCGUGUCCCCCUCUCUCCCCCGCGGCCUGUGACUCCCACCGCCAGACCCUCGCCUCAGGCCGCCCUGGCCAAAUUGCGGCGGUUUUAUUUCUGCAACAUUUUUUCGUGAGAGACCUUGAAAGAGGCCCGACCGCUGGCGCCUUUCUUUAGUUUCCUCAGAUUAUAACCUUCCCAGCCCUGCCCCAAGUGUCCACUCCCCCCCUCCACCCUCCCAGGAGGUGCUGGCGACACAGAUGGCUGUGAGGCCAGGAAGUUUGAAACAAAACAUCAUCAUUCCCAUUUCUGGGGAAAGUGGAAGAAAGCUUGGGCAUAAGCACAUGAACUAUGGAGUCAGGUGACCGACAUGAACGAGCUUUCACAGGAGGAAUUCAGCUUAACAUUUGUGUCACCAUGAUCGGACCAUCUCUGCUGAAGCUGAGCCAUAAGGUGAACUGCUGGAAGAUCCCAGCCUUGUACACGUGGGGCAGUGCUAGCUAAGAGACACGGAGAGGCCAGAGCUGUCGCUCCAUCCAGCCCAUGCAAGGAUGUCUCCCAGUCUUCAGGAAGGUGCUCGACUUGGCGAAGGCAAACCUUCACCCUGCUCCUUUUCAAUUGAGAGCAUCUUAGGACUGGAUCAGAAGAAAGACUGUGUUCCAUCAAUGAAACCCCACAGACCCUGGACAGACACCUGUGGCUCAUCAGGGAACGAUGUUAACCUAUGUCUACAUGUCCUGGGCCUUCCUAAUGGAAUCUCAUUCCCUAGUACUGUGGAUCACUCAGUGCCAGAAGAAAGAGUUUUGAAAUAUGAAAAUUGCUUUUCAGUCUCAGAAAGACUGUCUUUGAAAAGAGAGUUGAGUUGGUAUAGAGGCCGAAGACCAAGAACUGCCUUUACUCAAAACCAGAUUGAGGUGUUGGAAAAUGUCUUUAGAGUAAACUGUUAUCCUGGCAUUGAUAUCAGAGAAGACUUAGCUCAAAAAUUGAAUCUAGAAGAGGACAGAAUCCAGAUCUGGUUCCAAAAUCGACGUGCAAAACUGAAAAGGUCCCAUAGAGAAUCACAAUUUCUAAUGGCCAAAAAUAAUUUCAACACAAAUCUCCUGGAAUAGAUAAAAACUAAACAUGUGAAAUUAUCUUCCAGAUGCAGUACAUGAAGAACAUGUGUUAAAAUGUGAUGUUUUCUUUUCUACAUUUUAAUUUGAGUAUUGCCCUUUUUUUUCCUGAAAAUAUAUUGUAAAUAAUUACUAGUAUAAUAUGGCACCCAUUAUAUUUGCGCACUUUUAGUUACG